AUGGUCGACAUAUUGUCCAGACGUUUCCCUAUCGCAGCAAAGGUUCGUAAAGCUUAUUUUGGAGGCAGAAUUGCUUUCGAUGAUCUUGCUGGUAAGCAAUGCGGUCGUGGCACAGGUGUCGUUCCAGACCUGCUUAAUGCCGGACGUGGCGGCAUCGCGCAGUGCCUUGGCAUUUCGCCCGUGGAGGCACAAGAUCGUCCCGGCGUGUCUCUGGCAGGUCUUUUUGAUGAUCUGGCACGGAUCUUCAUGGAUCAAUUACUUCAACGUAGCUCUAACGAAAACGAGAUUUGUGAGGUUUUGGAACAAUACCUUGGUAGAGGUGACGAAUUCGAAAGGAGCAUAACCUUCACUGAGGAGCUCAUAUUAUCUAGGAAAUUCGAGGCAAGUGGAACAUGGUUACCUAGUGGUCGUCCACAGGAGAAAGCAUUCCUGUAUGAUAUCGUUGCGAACGAGAAUGAUUUCUGUGAUGUAGACACAAUCGACUACCUCAUCAGAGAUUCACCCAGCGCAUGGAUUCCAAUCCCAUUCAAUCGGCGUAGCAUUGGACGACUAAUGUUAAACGCCAGAAUGUCCCCUGAUCCAGAUCGCGGAUUUUCACGAACGUUAUGCUAA